UUCAUAAGUGCGGCGGCAAAGCUCGGCGCUCGCAGUUCCCCGAUGGCGGAUACAUUGUUUGGACGUGUUUGCUGCGUCGCUCGUGCAAUUGCGGCCGCAUUUCUCGAGUAAUUUUCGCCGGCGCUUGUGGAUUCGCGACUUCUGCGCGCCGCUGUGUGUGUGCUGUGUGCGGCAAGCAAACGUUAAACAAGCUGGAACAACAACAACCGCGUGUGUGUUUGCGGGUGUUUGGGUGCGUGAGUGCGAGCGAAGCAGCAGCCCAAAGCGGAAAUGCAAAGAAGACAACAAAGGUAGCGGCAGAAGAAGCAGGAAUCAUAAUAAAAGAGGGAGGAGGCAACAGGAGCCGGUGCGGCCGGCCAGAGCGAGAAGGCGCGAGCGGGGGGCUAAUGAAAGCGAAAAUGUGUGAUUCACUGGCUGUAUCAAUGCACAAGACUUCGCUGGUGCCUGGUCCUGGCUGACGAACGAAUUGUGACAUAAUAAAAGCAAACUGCCGAAAAAGCAGAAAGUGGCUGGCGCAGUUGAAAGUUGCGAAGUUGCAAGCAAACAAAGCGGCUCGAAAAGGAUGUGCGUAGUGGCGAAGAGCCGAAGGUACAGGUAGCGUGCUAGCAGGGCCGUUCCAAACAAAAGCUGUGCUGUGCCCGCAGAAAGCAAAAUCAGCCAAAAAGCAAAAGCAGACAAAAGCAAAAUCAGCCAAAAGCAAAAUCAGCCAGAAGCAAAAUCAGCCAGAAGCAAAAUCAGCCAGAAGCAAAAUCAGCAAAGAGCAAACUCCGCCAAAAGCAGAAUCAGACAAAAGCAAAACCCGAAAAAGCAAAAGCAGGCGGAGGAGCAAAAGCAAGGAGCAAAGCGGCGGCGGAGAAAAAGCUUAGCAGAAAACAACAAAAAAGCUGCUGUUGCUUCUUCUUGCCGCUGUGUGUUUUUUGCCCUGCCUUUUAUUUUUCCCUUUUUGCAAACAAAAUGUAUAUGAUGCCCCAGCAAGAAGCAGCAGCCGGCAGCGGAGCGAGCAUAAUAGAAGGUAGAAAUUUCGAGGAAAUCGAAAUUUGCGUCGUUGCUGAAAUUCGUUUGUUCACCCCCCCCCCCCCCACUCGUCCUUCCUUCGCUCUCUGCUUUCCUGAGCGCCUGCUUCUGGGCCUGUGUGCGUGCCCGCGUAUCUGUGUGCGGGCUCGAGUAUCUGUGUGUGCGUCGCUGUGCAAAAAUUCGCAUACAGUUGGUUUUAUAUAACAACAACUACCCCAAUGUGAUUUCCCUGGCUCAGCCGGCUUUUUGCCUAUCUCCCAGUUUUCGGUUUUAUCUUACCAAAAUUGAAAUUAUAUAGGGAUGUUCCAAAGAGUUGUAAACAAAGCAGCAGUUUAUGUCGCUAUUGUAAGCAAAUGAACAGAGAAAAACUAUAAUACAGUGUGAUUUCCUGUCAACAAAUACAUUUUAGUACCAAAAUAUACUCACAAAUACUAUUGAUUAUAAAAAAAUGACAAAAUAAACUUAUUAUAAUACCAUAUCCGUAGAAUUCCUACACACAAAUAUACAUUUUUCAUCUUUGCGUGUGCUCAAAACAAAAAGCCAAGCUCAAAUUCGCACAAGCACUUUUUGCAUUUUUCCUCUGAUUUAUUGGGUUUUUUUUCAAUUGUCAUACGUACAAAAGUUUGUCUGCGAUUUGCUUUGCUUUUUGCAAAACCUUUGGCAGUUGAAAUAGCAAAGGCAGCAACAAAAACAAUACAAUAGUAAUGCCAGCGACGCCGGAAUAUAUUUUAGCAUUCAUUUAUGCGACUUUUUCGGCGAGCUUCGGCUUGCCGCGCGAUUUUUGCGCACUCGAGAUAGAAAUGUAUCUUGGAGAUACGCGCGCCUUUUGCGGAAUUGAAAUUGAAAUGGGCCCCGCCGCCUUUUAUGUGGCAUCAUCACCGGCCUCAUCGUCAUUAUUAUGACUAUUACCACUACCAUUAUUAUGGUGAUGCGUGCGUAAUGGCAGCUGAAGAAUCUGAGCCGAAGAAUCUGCGAAUUUAUCGAGGCUUAAACCCAAGCACACACAAAAAGCCGGUACAAAUUUAAGGCCGAUAAAAGGAUGAUGAUGGAGGAAGUGAAAUAAAGGGAGAAAAAAAGGCUGAGGCUUUAGGAUAAAGGGCUGCUUUCUUUCCUUCGAUUUUUUUAAAGGUUUCUUUUAAAGAAAAUGUGCUUGUUAGGGCAAUGGCAUAUCUAAAAAAACAUUAGAUCAUUUCUUUAUAAAAAGAUUUUAAAUAUAUCCUCCUAUUUCUAUAUAGUGAGAUAGGGAAAACCAUAAACUUGACUGAUAUGACUGACUUUUCAUUGCCUUUCGGAAUAGAAAAGGUUUCAUAAUAUUGUUAUUUCUAAGAGUCUAAAAGUCUCCUAAAAACUCAGUUCAACCUAGGUUGGCCCAUAAAAUGAGGCUUAGAGAAAUCAUGAACGCAAAUGAUUGAAGUUUGCAAAACAACAGGAACUUCGGUUGGCUUUCGAAAAGAGUUCCCCAAAACUUUAUGGCUUCAAAAGUGUAGUAAAGCAAAUCAGGGAAUAUUAAAAACAACUUCAAUCUUGAACUUCUCCCUGCGCAGUUAGAUCUAAUUUGAUGGGAAAAUUGCACGAGAAAAGGGCAGCUAAAAUAUGAUUCUCUUUCGCAUUUUUUAACAUCCCUGGGGCACUGAUCGACCCAGAACCAGGCCCUGCUGCUCCUGCCACCUCAUCAAUUUCCCGAUUUGGGCGCUGACAAACAAAUGACAUUGGCGGCCCGUUUGUGCGGACUAUUAAACAAAUUGAGUAUACGCACUGUUGCUCGCGUAAAAUAUUUAUGCGUGUGCCCGAAAUAUAUUAGCAUACUUUUGCGUACACACACGACUGUUUGCGGGGGUGUGUGCAUUAGAUUAGUGAAUAAAACUCGGUGAUUUGAUUUCUCCCCCGAUUUCCGUCCAUUUCCGAAGCCGAACAUCGCAGUGAGAGGAGCAAUGGAGGGAAAAUGCUCUUGCUAAUCGAAUUGACUGGCAGCGUGAAGAGUUCGUUAACGUUCCGAUAAUCGCGUCGCACAGAAAGAUAUAAUACAAUAAUUACAAUCGCGGUUGGGCCCAACGAGCAAGGGGAGCCCCAGCCGGAAAGAGCGGUGACAACAGACGUGGGAUUGCAAUGUGUUUGUUUUACAAUCGACGCCUCUUCGUGAUUCGACUGAUUGAGAUCCUGCUCCUGCUGCUGCUAACCGACCACAAUGGACGACUGACACUAACCAAGGAGUCGACAACAGUUGCCGCCGCCGUCGCCCAGCCGAAGAACUCAUCCGCACUCCAGCCCUAUCUGCAGAUCCAGAGGCACGCCAUCACAAGGCUGACCAUCAGCAGGCCCCACUCCCCCUACUAUUUGCCAUGCAUACCCAUCCUUUCGCCCUACAACUACGAUCAGGAAUCCCUGCCCAUCUACUGCAGUUGGUAUCGGAAUGACGUGGUCGUCGAGCAGGUGUCCUUCCGCAAGAACGACUUCUUCAUCUAUGAUAAUGGCACGCUGCGCCUGCCCACGAAUGAGAAGGCCAGCGGCGAGUACUACUGCAAGAUCGAGUGGGAUGAGUCGGGGGUGAUAUCCGACAGGAUCACAGUCACUUACCCAGUACUCAAGCGUCUUUUUCCGGGCCAACAGCAGACGGCCAACAUCAGUGCCGUAGAAAACAAGCCCCUAGUGCUAAGUUGUCCCUUCCUGAGUGUGCCUCCUGCCCGGUUUAGCUGGUAUUUCGGCAACGAUUCCCUGACCAAUGACAACAGUGCUCUAAUCCUGUCCAAUGGUACUUUGAUUUUGCGGGAUUUGCGCCUCGAACAGGCUGGCAAAUACAAAUGCGUGGCCCAGAACACUUUUGCCAGCAAGGCGCACCGCCAGUUCGUGUGGCAGUUGCGAGUGGAACCCAAGGACGGCCCGUACUAUCCCAAAAACGAGGCUGGAAUCCCGGAGACGGCCGUUUCGCAGGCCCAACUACUGCCGGCGUUUCAGAACGAAACGGUUUUCGUGCCCUCCGGAGGAUCCGUGUUGCUGCAGUGCCACGCGGUGGCGGACUUUGUGGCCAUCGAUUGGUACCUGCACUCGGCCAACAACAAGGUGAUCAGCCUGAGCAACAACAGUGUGGCCUACUCCAUCACGAACGCCAGCGUGUCGCAGCACGAGGGUCGCUACAGUUGCGUCACGCUGCUGGAAACGCAAACAUUCCAGGUGAUUGUGACCACGCCGCCGAGGAUAGUGAAUCGCCUGCCCGUCGAGGUGGUGUACAUUGGCCUCGCGAGGACCCUAACCUGCCGCGCCGAGGGUCAUCCGGAGCCGAGUAUCACCUGGUACCACAACGGAGUCCAGCUGAACAGCUCCUUUACGCGCUACAUUAGCGGCAAUGAGUUGCAUGUCCACUCUUUCGACUCCAAGGAGGAGGGCAUCUACCAGUGCGUGGCCAGGAAUGUGGCUGGCCAGGAUUCGGCAACGGGCGAACUGCGUUUCAACCGGCAGCUGGAGGAGAUCAACCCCUUGCAGAACAUCCGUUGCUAUCCCCAUAGUUUCCACACGAUCAACAUUACAUUUGAUAGCCGCAGCCUGACCUCGAUGUUCGUGGUCUAUAUCGUGAAGAGCAAUCCGCACAGCUGGAACUCGUUUGGCCCUAUGAAGCUGAAUCAGACCUCGUACGUGGUGAUAUCCACCAAUCUGCCGGUUUACGAGCCCUUUGCUCUCAUCACUCGGGUUUUGUUUCCCACCACGGAGGUGAGAACAGGAACCUUGGUGCCCCAGCAGAUGAUACUUAGUUCGUUGAGGAGUACGCCGGUUAUCUGCUGCACUCAGGGAUUAAUGCUGCGACCCAUCGCCGUGGGCAACGACACCUUCGUCAAGUGGUCCCAGGGCAAAUUGGACAACAAGAAGUACUUCAUCCUGCAGUUCUCCAUCAAUCACACCCAUCCCCAUCCGGCGCAAUUACUAAAUGGUUCCCUUUAUGGCACAUUGUCCAAGGAUGGCAGUCCCGAGGAGAAAGCAGACGAAGUUCGUCGCCAUCUGAAGAUAAUCCAACCGCUAAAUCAAUCUGCGGCUGCCACUGUGCUAAGGAACGUCGAGCACGAAGACAACGUGGUGGAUGACAUGACUCUGGAGCUGGAGGAGGACAUUUUCAGCCUGGUAGUGGACGCCAAUGUGACGGGUAUGCUGCUGCAGCAUUUCACGCGCAUCAAGAUGCGAGUGCUGAUCAUCACCAGCGAGAAUGAGUUCCUGGGUCAGGACUUUCGCUAUGUUCAGUGGAAGAUUAUUGAGAAUGGCACCUCGGAGCAGUCGAACAUGCCCUUUCGUCUGAUCACCAUAGAAUCUCGCGCCCUGACCUUUAAGUUUCUGGACAGCCUGAAUGAGACCUGUGUGGUGGAGUGCCACACGGUGAUACAGAAGCAAAUGAAUUUUCCCAGCCAGCAGCCAGAGUGUCAGGAGCGCAACAUUUCCAACUCCAUGUUGUUUGUCACGGGGCUCAGGGCAGAUGUUAACUACAAUCUGCAUUUCUACAACUGCAAAACUCGCAUUUUCUAUGGCGAGAUAGAUGUCAAAACCGAACAGGAUCCCCCUGGCACCGUCAGCAAUUCGCGGCUAAUCAAACAGAAUGGCUUAAAACUGGUGUGGGGGCCACCGGAAGUUUCCAAUGGUCGUGUACAUCAUUAUGAUAUCCGGUGGUCCUUGGAUAAUGUCACCCAUGAAGCUGUUGUUAGGGAUUGCACAGCCUGUUCAUACAAGUUUCCCAAUGUCUCGGAGACGGCCAAGAUCCAUGUGGCGGUUCGCGUGGUGGGCGAUACUGGAGCUGGAGCUCCCAUCUACUUUGACAUGAUAAACAACAAUCACACCUGGCUGGAGGAGGACAGGGAAUCGUCGCAUUCGGAGGUUUACAGUGGCAUUGCCAUCGGCUCUUUGCUGUCCAUCGCCUGCGUUUUCCUCUUCGCGCUGUUUAUAAUUGUCCAGCAGCGCAACUUCAAGGCCCGUGCCCAAGGGCCCACCCACCUGACCACACCCACGGACAUCAAUUUCGGUAAUCUGAGCAGUGCCUCCGGCAUGCCCGGCGACAGUGCCGGCGGCCUGAGUGGCGGCACUCUGCAGCAGGAUUGCCACGAGAUGCAGACCCUCAUCCCGCGUUCGCGUUACCACAUCGAAUUGCUGCCGGAGCACACGCUGGAGUACCAGACGAGUUCCGCAGCCGUGGCGGUGGUUCAUCUGGCCAAUGGCAAUGGCAGUGUCCAGGUGACCAGGCGAUCGGAUCACGAUGGUGGAGGAGCAGGGGCAGCAGCUCAGGGGGAUUUGGGCAUAGCCGGAGUGCACAAUCUCUCACAGUUGCCCCUGUGCGGCGCAGGAGGAGGAGUCUCCCCCGAGCGGAAGACCGUGCAGGAUGCCAUGUUGCAGGAGGCCAAGGCAUUCUACAUACCCUACAGGCACACGCCGCCCAAUGCGGUGGCCGGUGGCUCCGAGCUGGAGGUGAUUGUGCCGCCCAACUCGCUGCCGUUGGUCUCCACCAUGCCGGGAUUGGGCGUGGCAGGCGGCGGAGGUGGUGGUGGCUCCUCCAGCCGGCGGAGUGGCAGCCUGAGCAGCAGCAGUGCCAGCAGCAGCAGCAAUGGCAGCAGUAAAAAACAGUUUCACACCAACUUUGUGCGCCACUCGAAUUCCAACGACGGGAUUUGCCUGCUGGCCGAGGAGGAGGCGGCGGCCACCCUGACGCCCACAUCGGAGCGGGAGUACGCGGCCGUGUGUCUCACCAAUGGUUUCAAACUGCCCGCCGAGGUGGUCAAGUCCAACAAUAACAAUGGCAGCAAGACUGGCCAGAAGCCAGCCACUGCCAAGGAGCGCCAGCCGCGAGGCAACGGCAAUCCGAUCUCGUUCAGCCACAAUGCAUCCAAAGUUCCUGCCAACGGACCGGCGUCCGUUAACGUCAGCCAUUCGCCGGGGGUCAAGCAGAAGCAGUCCUGGCCAGCGGCGACCACGGUGGUCCAUCGACGGGCCCAGGUGGACCCCAAUGGGUGAAGCAAGCAGUAUUUUAACGAAGCUACCACAUAGAAGCAAGCAGAAAGGAUGAACCACAUUCGCAGCUCGAAACAUUCCAAAAGUAUAUGAGAUAUGAGAUAUGGCGGAGAUCUUUAGCAUUUAUAAAGAGUACAUUUUAUAAAUGUAAAUAUUUAGUAACUGAAACUAUGGAACUAUGGGAGAAAUGAUUAAUUAAGCUGAUAUUUAUACACACACAGACACACUCACACACACGUAUACAAAACAUGUACGCUAAGUUGUAUGCUAUAGUUUUCGUCGCGAUUUUAACGCCGUACUUUUGUAUUUGUUUAUAGGUUUUGUUUGUUUUUCUUUCCGUUAAUUGAGGCUAAUUUUUACUCGUAACUUCUCUUAAAUAUAAACAUAAUUUAUUUUUGCUUUCGAUGGCAAACACACACAGAACUACGAACAAACAUACAUAGCAAUAGACCGCGCAGCCCGCAAGUAUGCAUUACAAUAUUUGUCGCUGAUAAUUACUACGUUUAACAAUUGUUUCGUAGUGGCCGCAAAAAAUUCAAUUACACUCACAUAGCAUAAAUAUAUAUACGCAAACAGAACAGCCAAAAAACCACAAACACUGCAAUAGCCCACACUCAACCAUCCAAUCAACCCAAAAAAUGAAAACCCAACCAUGAAACCACAAUAGUCACAAGUGUUCACAUCGAUUCCGAUUUAAAACGUAAUCUAUUCAAUAAUAUUUGUAAUUUUAUUUUAUUUAUAUUUGUAGUCCUUUUUUAAACGAAAUGUUUAAUGUUUAAUUUCCGCAUAUUUACUGCUGCAUUUUGUUUUGUUUACACAACCGAUAUAUCAAAUGUACCUGAUUAUAUUCAUUUUGCAUUCUUGUUUUUGUGCUCUCGCUCUCACACUCCACACUCCACCCCCCCGGAAACAAAUAGCAAUUCCAAUUUGUGCACACGUAUUACAUAACUCUAUAAUAAGCCACAGAAUCCAUCGUAUUGUAACAUACUAUAUAUUAAAUUCAGCAACCGUACCUCGACACAAAGCUGCGCCAAACGAAAGUCCUCUGCUCCUUUCCACCCAUACGUUUUAUUUUUGAUAGGAAUAGGGAAAGUUGAAGUAGUGGCCCACAAAACACAACGAGUAUUUGUCGAGUAUGCAGAUGUAUUUUGUGAAUUGUUGUUCAGUGUGAAACGAGAUGCGAAAAUUGUUACGAGAUUCAGAGACAGAAGCACCCACGUAUGCCCCCAACCAGCAAAAAAUACCUAUCUAUAGAAGAUACAUUCCACAGGCGUAUACAAGUCACAGAUACACCACACACACACACACAUGUAACACCAAGAUACGUUUUAAAACGAGUAAAAACAAAUACGAAAAUAUAUAUAUACAAUAUGUACUCAAUGUGAACGAGAAAUGUGUUUGACAACUGUAACUGUAACUGUAUACGUAUUUAGAGUCUAAGUGCAAUACCAACAAAUAAUUAAAUAGCAAAAGGUAACCUUUAAGAUCCCUGAGGCAGAACAAAACCGACACUAAAAACAAUAGUACCUUUCCACUCAAGCAGAAGCGACGUUCAAAGUAGCAGCUACCCACAUCGACUUUCCCAGUUAGUUGCGAAUUUCCAUCCCAACUUAGACCAUACUCCAUAUAACGCAUACCACACCAUAACCAUACCAUCCGUGAAUAAACAAUCUGAUUUGUGUUCAAGCUGAAUCAAGCCGCAGACUUUGCACUGCCGAGUUAUAGCCGAAGUAAUUUUACAAUUUACAAAGCAAGUGUGUGCGAAAUGCAAGCAAAAGCACACAAAAGCCACAAAAUGAACUUUAGCCUACGAAUCGCAUUUAAAUACACGAAAAACAUAUAUUCCGAGAGAACAACUCAAAAUUCCUAAGAAAAAAACACAAAAAUAGGAGGAAAAUCAAUUUUAAACGUUACGAAAAUUAAGAAACCAACAAAUUAACUAAAACUAUUAUAUGCAGCAAAAGGCGAAAGGAAAAUUUAUGUACUAAAGUUAUAUAAUUAGGCGUAAGAAUCCAUAUGAAUGUACGUGUUCGGAAAGGAAAGGAUGAGAAAACCAGACGAGAAAUUAAGUAAAAUAGCUGCGAUUGUGAUCGCCGUGUAAGUGGAUGUGAUAAAUGUUUAAAUUAUUUAAGCAAAAACAAUAAAGAGAUAAUGAAAUUAAAUAUUAGGAAGACAGGAAGUCAGGAGGACGGAAGAUGGAAACGCGUUUUGCGACUUUUGCAACGGUUUUUGGCCAACGGAAACCACUCAAUAACUAAGAGUCCACUAAAAUUGUAAGCAAAUAAUUAUUAUGUUCUUAACUUUGGCGAAACUGCUGCUCCUAAAAGCACAACUCUCUACUAAAAUUAACUAUGCCUAGGUGUAUUCUUAUGUUUGUACUUUUAAUUUGCAUUUAAGUCCACAGUUUGUAUACCUCAUUAGUAGAGUGGCGAACAACUAAAUUUUGUAAACAUAUUUAGGCUUGGUUUCCUCGUUUCUAGAAUCAGAGCGGCAUACUUCAACUAUCCCCAAACGAAAUGAAAACUAAUGUAUUUUUUAUGCAAUUUAUAUGCAUUGUACAUGCAGGCGAAAUUGAUUAUUUGAAGCUACCAAGCUGCCAAGGAUUCGUGUUAAAGAUUUCGAAGCAAAUUAAGCUGGCAGCUGGCAACGAACCAGGCCAAAAAGAACGAACAAAAUUGGCAUGGCGAAAAGAGUCUAAAAUGUAAGAAAGCUCUGUGUUUGUUUAGAGAAUACACAAGAUAUGGCAGAGGAGAAAUGAAGGCAACCCUAACUAUUGGAAAAAUAUACUAAAAAAUAAGUUAUGAUGGAAAACAUG